AUGGCAGAGGAAGAUCUUCAAGAAUGGGAGAAAGAAGCUGAACACCUGCAAUCAACAGCGGAUGAGUUGACCACACAUAUAUUGGAGAGGAAGCGUCUAAAGAGUCGGGGCCUCGAUAUCUCGGGAAUUGAACGCCAAAUCGCUACAUCGCAAUCAACUCUCAAAGAUGGAAUUGCCUCGCUAGAACAACAAUUAUCUACUGCUGAAUCGAGAGGCGGAAUACCGAGUGCUGACCUGAAACGAUGGGAGAAUAUGAUAUUGGCGUUGUCGAAACAGUAUGAUCGAGUCGAGUUUCUAGCUAAAGCAGAUGAUUCGAAUCCUGAUGCUAGAGCUCAACUGUUUGCCAAACAACCAGCACCCGCCCAACCCUCAGCAGCGAGCACCCAUCUUUUAGAAGAUGAUGGAACACCGCUAGAAUCGUUAAACAAUCAAGAGUUUCUACAAUUACAAGAUCGAAUCAUGCAGGAACAAGACAACCAUCUGGACGAACUAGCAGUAUCAAUUGGUCGGCACAAACACAUAGGUCUGAUGAUUAGUGAAGAAUUGGACUUGCAUGCUGAUCUACUAGAAGAAACCGAGGUCGCUGUCGAUACUACCCGUAGUCGUCUUGGUGCAGCCGGCAGGAGGUUGACUACUAUUACCAAGAACACCAAUUCUCGCGGCAUCACGGCCAUCUGUAUACUUUUCGUGAUUCUGAUCAUUAUAAUUGUAAUUGCUCGACGAUGA